UAUUUUGGCGACAUGUUUAAAACCGGAAGUAGGAAAAAUCUGACGUUUCAUGAGUCGAUUUUCACUGUAAUAUUUCCAAGAUUCACCUGAAUGGAGUGACAUGUUCACUAGGAUGUGUCCUGUAGCUGAGGGCUUCUGGGACAGAUCAGAUGAAUCACAUCAAGGGACCUGCAGCCCACUGCUUGCUUCGAGUCUACAUUGUGUAUGUUUUUCAGAUGUCACGGGCCAAACCAGAGGAUGAUGAGUACUGGAACAGCUCCAAAUUUAAAGCGUUCACAUUUGACGAUAAUGACGAUGAGUUUUCACGGCUGAAAGAGUCCAAGCGGGUCGUGAACAGCAUCCUGGUGGAUGAUGAUGAUGAGGAUGAUGUUGAGAAAGUCAGCUGGAGUGGGGAACCUGUGGGAAGCAUCUCUUGGUCGGUGAAGGAAACCGCCUCCAGUAUCCGCUCAGGCAGCGAGCAGAGCUUUCCCAAAAUAGACACCACUCCGUCACUGUCCAAACAGGGGUCUGGAUACUCCCUGAGCUCCCUGUUUAAAGCAAAGAGUAAACCUUUCCAGUCCUUCUCCGAGUCUUUUAGCGACACAUCUGUUAGAACAUACGCACCUGAGUUGAGAAAGCCCAAGUCAAAUGGAAAGGUAACACAUAUGGACAUGUUUGUUUACACCACUGUUCAAACAUUUGGGGUUAAGAUUUUUAAUGUUGAAGAAAGACGGAGAACACCAGCCUGUGGAGCGGCUCUUGGCAGGACAGAAGAUAUGGCGUUGAUGCAAUACAAAGAACACUUAAAUAUUAAGGAUGAAGGCCGAAGAAGAGACUUCCUCAAAAGUUGCCUCAGCCUUCCUUUCUCUCAAGACGAUGCCACUCACGUUCAAGACCACUAUACACUCCUCGAGAGACAAAUAAUCAUAGAGGCUAGUGACAAGAAGGCAGAUGCAGAAAUCUUUAAGAAGUUCCCUAGAAAAGCAUCCAUCCUUAAUAUGCCAAUCAUCACCACAUUGUACUACUCCUGCUUUUACCAUUACGGAGAGUCAGAGGGAACUUUUAGCAGCCCUUCGAACAUUAGAAAAACUUUCCGGAUUUCAGAAAAGCAGUAUAUUCUCAUGGCUCUUGGUGCAAGAGCGAAGUUGAAAUCCUGGUUUGAUGUGGAUAGUCUGUUCAACACCAAAAACUGGCUAGGAUACACCAAGAAAAGAUCUCCCAUUGGCUUUCACAGAGUGGUGGACAUCCUGCAGAAGAACAGCGCCCCUGUAAAUGUGCUGCAGGAGUAUGUGAACCUCAUCGACGACCCAGAGCUCAAGCUCAGUGUGGCUCUGAAAUAUAAAUGCCAUGACAUCGUCAUCAAUACAUACAGAGACCUGAAGGACAGGCAGGAGCUUGUUGUGUACCGAGAGAAGCUGGAACGAGACUCGCCCGAAUACAGGAAGAUCCAGGAACUCCUCAAUAAUGCGCAAAUCAGAUGGAAAAACUGACAAUUGGAUCCUGACACGAGUCAGUGAUGGGCAGAUGUGAGCCAGAGCUCUUUCAUAGACAAUGUUACACAAAAAAACACUUUGAAGCUGCUUAAUAUGGAGUUAAUCCUGAACAAACACGACUGAGAACCAGUGGAGCGAGUCAUUCGGAGUGAUUCUUUUGCAGAUGUAUCUGUUCUGUAUGAUUAAACUGCCAAGUGUCCUUCUGCCAACUCUACAGGUGAACAUUUCUGAAGGGAGGCUAUCUGUGGUUGCGGACGUGAACAACAUACUCUUUCACCCCUCACACCUGUUUGUUUGCCCAUGUAUGAAUUUCUGAACAUUCCUCACCCUCUCCUUUUAUUUUAUAUUAA